AUGACAAUCUUUGUGAUGCUCUUUGCCGGUGUGAACCAAUUCUUUGGUCUCCGAUACCCCUCUUUGACGAUUGGCUAUGUUGUCGCGCAAUUGCUUGUCUUCCCUAUCGGUCGAGCUUGGGAGAAAUUGCCUCAAUGGCAAAUCCCUCUUGGGCGAUUUUCAUUCUACUUGAACCCUGGAAAGUUUUCCAUCAAAGAGCACGCUUUGAUCGUUAUCUGUGUUAACUUGACAGCAAGUACGGCGUAUGGUAUGGGUGCUCUUGUGGCCAUCGUAUCCCCCGAGUACUGGGACAGAGAGUCAGACUGGGGAGCGGGCUUUUCCUUCUUCUACCUCCUCACCUCUCAAUCCCUCGGCUUCGGCCUCGCCGGUCUCUCCCGUCGUUGGCUAGUCUACCCCGCCGCCCUCAUCUGGCCCACCACUCUCGCCUCUACCGUCCUCUUCCGCGCCCUGCACGAACCCCAAGACCACUCCCCCGCCAACGGCUGGACCAUCACACGAUACCGAUUCUUCUCCUACCUUACAAUUGGAGCGUUUGUGUGGUACUGGUUCCCGGAUUAUAUCUGGACGAGUUUGAGUACGUUUGCGUUUGCGACGUGGAUUGCGCCAAACAACCAAAAAGUCAACACCAUCUUUGGCAUGAACUCUGGUCUCGGUCUCUUACCGAUCAGUCUCGAUUGGACCCAGAUCACCUACGCCGGCCAGCCUUUGACGACCCCGUUCUACAUCACUUGUAACGCGUUCGCGACCAUUGUCAUCUUUUACCUCUUCUUGUCCCCUAUCCUUUAUUACAAGGAUGUCUGGUAUAGCGGACACCUUCCCUUGCUCUCAUCAUCCACAUUCGACAACACCGGCGGCACAUACAACAUCACCAGAGUGAUCGACUCCAACCUCGACUUCGUCCUCUCCCAAUACAAAGAAUACUCCCCCAUGUACAUCUCCAUGUCCUACUCCCUCUCCUACGCCCUCUCCUUCGCCGCCGUCACCUCCAUCGUCAUCUACACCAUCCUCUACAACGGCAAAGAAAUCUGGGCCAAGUUCAAAAACGCCAAACAUGGCGGAGAAGAUAUCCACAAGAGGUUAAUGAAUGAGUAUAAGGAAGUGCCAGAUUGGUGGUAUGCGAUUUUGACGGUGGUGGUGCUUGGGCUGGGGAUCUUUACGAUCAGGUAUUGGGAUACGCAGUUGCCGGUCUGGGGGUUCAUCGUAGUCUGCUUUGGGAUGUGUGUCUUCUUGUUGGUGCCGGAGGGUAUCUUGGAAGGGACUACCAAUCAGAGAAUCUUCUUGAAUAUCAUCACCGAACUCAUCGCGGGCUAUGCCUGGCCCGGCAAACCUAUCGCUAAUAUGAUGGUCAAGACUUAUGGCUACAACUCUGUCAAGCAUGGAAUGGACUUUGCUAUGGAUUUGAAGCUUGAUCAAUACAUGAAAAUCCCACCAAGGACGUUGUUUGCUGCUCAGCUUUACUCGACAGUUCUGGCUAGUAUGACUCAAACCGGUGUACUGCGCUGGAUGAUAGGCAACAUCCAAGAUCUCUGCAAAUCUACCAACAAAGACCGUUUCACCUGUGCCGGCGCCAAGGUCGUCUACAACGCUUCCAUCAUCUGGGGUACCAUCGGACCGCAGAGAAUGUUCCAGCAUGGGCAAGUGUAUUCGUCUUUGAUGUACUUCUUCGCUAUCGGCCCUGUGGUGACGGUGGCGGUGUACUUGCUGUACAGACGAUACCCGAACAGUUGGCUCAGGUUGGUCAACGUGCCGAUCUUCUUCAACGCUGCUGGUAACAUCCCUCCCGCCAACACCACCCAAUACUCGUUGUGGUUCAUCUUUGGAUUCAUCUUCAACUACCUUAUCCGAACCCGGGCUUUCGCCUGGUGGAAGCGAUACAACUACCUCACCCAAGCAGCCAUGGACACCGGUACCGCCCUCGCCACCAUCAUCAUCUUCUUUACCCUCUCCUACAACGGCAUCACGUUCAACUGGUGGGGCAACACGGUAGGGUCGGAUACGUAUGAUGCGAAUAGCGUGCCGGCGUUCCAGGCGGCUACUGGGAGUCACUUUGGCAAGGGAGUCUUAGACGUUGUAUAG